AUCAUAAUCGAAUCGGGAUGGCGUUACAAUCAAUCAUUAUCAAUAAAUAAAAUAUCAGCAAUGCGGGUGGUGCUGCAAUCAAAUCAGAAGCACGCAAUUAACAAUACAACACCUCUUCGAUUAUUAUUCGGCUACUUGAGCGGUCGACAGUCCAACUUCGCCAGAGUUCAUUAGCCCAACGCGCAGUCAUCAGCGUGUAUAUAUUUUUAUAUGGAAAGUGGUGUAUGUUUUUAAGUAGUGCCGCUAUUGAUAAGUGUUUAGUUGUUCAUAAAAUAUGGCGCAGAAUUGAACUUUGAGCGCGCUUUGUAUGGCUCUACAUACAAUUGUAUCAUCAUAUUCGCUUCAAAAUCAGCUGACAUGUUCAGAGGCUAAACAUUUCUUCGCUACUGUGUAGAAAACAUACCUUUCUCAAAUGUAAUAUGACGAAGCUUCUGGCAGUUGGUUUAUAAUUCCAAAUAUUUUUUUAAGUUUUUUAAAUACUAAAAUGGAGUGGUUAAUUGGCUCUUAAUCUUUACGUGAACUUGAAAUUGAAACCAUACUACAACUAUCAAAACUAGGCGGAUGCCUAAGUAAACAAUAUAAAAUAAAUUACAUAAGUGUUCGCUUUUACGUUCGCAAUACGUUGAAAAGCACGUUUUUCUCUCAUCAAGUUUUUAAAUACCCCAAUCUAUUUACGCUGAAUUAUUUUGUCACGAAACCUUUUCUUGAUUAGACAACUACUCAAUUGCAAAGAAAAUAUGUAAACGAAACUCACCAUUUAUACGAAUUAUAGGAAUUUAUAGAAUUUUGGAGUCGAAUGACAAAUUCGUAUUGCUAUUAAGCAUAAACUAAACAAUGAAGUGCGUGUUUCCUGCGCCUUUCAAAGCAAUAGUUCACUCUCAAGAGUGUUCACUGCAUAUUAAUCAGGGGAUAGUGCUGCCAGACGCGCAGCCGCCGAAGUGGCCAGACUGGAAAGGAUAAAAACCGUUAGAUUACAGACGCUCAAAAGCAGCUGAUAAAAGUUCAACAAACUCCGGUUUACAAAGCAAAACAAUUGUUGUUCGUUAUGUUUCGAAUCCACUGCAACAAGUGCUUUCGACGCCGCAACGUUGAGCCAACGGUGAUCUUCCACAUGACUCAGUGCCAGCACGUCAUUUGUGCCUCCUGUCUGACCGAGUCCACACCAGAAAAGAAGUGCCCAGUGUGCAAGCGGGAUCUGCGAGCGAUCCCUAUCGACAGGAACUUGCCUCCCAACGUGGCCAACUACUUCGAGGAUCCGCUUCGAUUCCAGCAGCUCUACCGCAAGGUCAGCAAGUUCCAGACCGACCAGCGAGCAUCGGACAACCUGGGGUUCUAUCGCCAGAUGCAGGAGCACGAGACGAACGAGCGCCGCCUAAAGGGCUUCUGCAAGAUGGAGGCGCAGUUCAACCAGCAGAUCCAAAUGGAGAAGAAACGGAUCGCCGAGUGUCGCGCCUACAUAAAGUACCACGAGGAACAAGGUCUCAAGAAGCAGCAACAUGCCACCGAAGCUGACAAGUCCUGGGGCCAUCCAUUACGUCGCCCCCGCCCACGGACACCCUCUGUAAGCACAUCGGAUAAUACCCAGACGGAUGAGCACAUGGCGACCUUCUGUCUGGACUCGGACAUGGAUUGCCUUGAAGACGAAACCCACCCAUCCGACAAGAAAACCUUCAACGGGGAUAUGAAAGACUUUCAAAUUUGAUCAGAUCUUUUCCCAAUUCGAGGUUUGUAUAUACAGUCACAUUUUUUCAUUCUUUAGAUCACUGUUUAACCAAUAUAGUGUAAGACCUUUAUAUGUACGAAGUGCUUAAGUAAUAAUAUUAGAAUAAGUUCCAGCUGGAGAACUUUAGGCAAA